UCAGCAUCUUGUCUUGAUAUAUAGUGCUGUGUAGUGCUUCACAAAUAGGACCAACUUGAUAAAGUUAUAAAGCAAGUCUGCAACAACUUGAUAUAUCAAAAAGAUGGAAGCAACGUUGCUGUAUAGUGCUUUACUGUCUAUUUUGUUUAUAUUUGUAGUUGUGAAACUUGUAUCCUCAAAAAGAAGAAAAUUCAAUGUCCCACCACCAAGCCCAUUACUUAAACUUCCAUUAAUAGGCCAUCUCUAUCUCCUUAGGCCUCCUCUAUAUCGCACUCUUGCUAAGCUCUCAACUAAAUAUGGCCCUGUGUUCUCCCUUCAAGUUGGUACCCGUCUUGUUGUGGUGGUUUCCUCCUCAUCUGCUGCUGAAGAAUGUUUCACUAAAAACGACACCGUUUUUGCUAAUCGCCCUCGCUUAAUGAUUGGAAAGUACAUGGGAUAUAACUAUACUACUCUCGGUCAGUCCCCUUAUGGUGAUCAUUGGCGCAACCUUCGCCGCCUCUGCACACUUGAAUUAUUCUCCAAUAACCGGCUCAACAAUUUUCAGCCCAUUAGACAACAUGAAAUCAAGCUGUUAGUUCACAGACUGUUUCGCAACUCUGGCGACAAUCCUGUUGAACUUCACUCCAAGUUUUUUCAGUUGUCGUAUAAUAUUAUCAUGAGAAUGGUAGCUGGAAAGAGAUAUUACGGUAGAGGGGUAGAUGACGAGGAGGCAAAUCAUUUUCGGAAGCUUGUCAAAGAGGUUAUUACAUAUGCUGGGGCAACAAAUCUAGCGGAUUUCAUGCCUGCGAUAUUUCUGUUAUUUUCCAGGAGUAGGGAGAAGAAUUUAGCCAGGAUUACUAAAAAGAUGGACUCUCUCUUUCAAGGUUUGAUUGAUGAACACCGUCUCCAUAAAAGCAGGGGUACCAUGAUUGAUCAUUUACUUUCUUUGCAAGAAUCGCAACCAGAGUAUUACACUGAUCAAAUCAUUAAAGGAAUUAUAUUGGUCAUGCUUACUGCGGGGACUGAAACAUCAUCGGGGACAAUAGAAUGGGCAAUGUCUCUUCUACUUAACCAUCCAGAGGUCUUGGAGAAGGCCAGAACUGAAAUAGACAACCAUUUGGGUAAGGAGCGAUUAGUGGACGAAGCAGAUUUACCUAAGCUGAAAUACCUUCAAAGUAUCAUCUCGGAGACACUGCGGUUGUAUCCAGCAGCACCAAUGCUAUUGCCUCAUGAAUCAUCUGAUGAUUGCAAGGUCGCUGGCUUCCACAUUCCACGAGGCACGAUGCUGUUGGUGAAUGCUUGGGCCAUCCACAGGGACCCAUUACUUUGGGAGGAUCCAGAGAGCUUCAAGCCCGAAAGGUUUGAAGGUGUGGAAGUGGAAUCAUGGAAGCUAUUGCCGUUUGGAAUGGGAAGGAGAGCUUGCCCAGGUUCUGGACUUGCUCAACGUGUGGUUGGUUUAGCUUUAGGAACUUUGGUGCAGUGUUUUGAGUGGCAAAGGGUAAGCGAAGAUAUGGUCGAUUUGAUGGAAGGAAAAGGUGCCACUAUGCCAAAAGCCGAGCCACUCAUGGCUAGGUGCGAAGCUCGUGACAUUGUUCACAAAGUUCUUUCUGAAAUAUCCUAAUGUUUCUAGUGUCUUUCUUGCAUUUUGUACUUGGUCCAUAGCAUUCGAAAGGUUUGAAUUGGUAAUGUAACUUGUAUUUUCAUUCUAGAGUUCUUAUAUGUCAAUCAGACUUCAUAUCAAAUAAAUUUGAACCUGCUACUUUUUAAUGGUGCAAAAA